CUUCGUCAUUGCAUUUUCUAAUGUUCUGAUUUUUGUUUGUUUGUUAAGCGAAAAUGAGGAUGGAAAAUACUUGUUUCUUUUUUUUAAAAUUUCUGCUCUUUGCUUCCCGAGGAAAUUUGAUACUUGGGUUAAGCUAUUUCGGAGCGUAAUCAGGCUGGACUAUCUAAAAAUGGAAGCUAGAAAAUGUUGGUUUUCCUCUUUAUUUGUUUCAUAUUCUUGGGAACCAAACGGAAUAUCAGAGUGUUUUGAGUCGGUGAAUGUAAAUUCGUGUUUGAUCUGCUACUCUGAGAUGUUGAUGGGACAUACAGAUGGUCUAUCGGAACAUAGGUCAUCAAGGAGUCAUCUUUUUACUGACCCUGGAUCUGAGUUGGAUGAUGAUGACACUAAUGACAGCUCUGAGCAGAUACUUUACUCUGCCUCCUUUGAAGAACUUGCAAGAAACAGCAUUCAGUAUGACACUGUUAUAUGGCUCUCUAUAUCAUUGUUACUAGUUUUAGCAUGGGGUGUUGGUAUCAUUAUGCUGUUAUAUCUACCCUUCAAGAGAUAUAUUCUUCGCAAGGAUAUUUCUUCGCGCAGAUUAUAUGUUACACCUAGUGAAAUAGUUUACAAGGUCUCAAGGCCUUCAUUCAUACCCUUCUGUGGAACCGUGACAAUUGAGAAGCAUGUACCCCUGUCCCUGGUGAUUGAUAUAAUUAUUGAACAAGGUUGGUUACAGUCAGUUUAUGGAAUCGAUACAUUUAGAAUUGAAAGUAUAGCACAUGGAAAAGCUGCAGCAGUAGAUGAACUACAGAUUCAAGGGGUUUCUAACCCAAGUUAUUUAAGGAAGGUCAUCAUAACAGAAGCCUCAAAGACUAUACAGGGUGUGGGUAAAAGUUCAAAGCGUAGUUUAAUUUCUGGUGAAGGUGAAAGCAUAGGUCGUAUGGUAUCAUUGAGUGAGGGACCAGCUGUUUUGAGAUCACCGUCCAAAAGCUUGAAGGUGGCAGCUUCACCAAGCUAUGCUACAGUUGAGCGCAGAACCAUACUACCUGGGGAACUGCUACUUAAUAAACUAGAUGAAGUAAACAAAUCUGUGAAGAAAAUUGAAUUGCUACUCGAGAAGUCACAGCCUCCCCAUGAGAGGAGCUGAUAAAAUAUCAGAUACCGCCCAUGUCCAAGAUUUUACAAUUUGGCAGAAAGCCAAAGACAGGAGAAAGAAAAAUGAAGUAUAUAUAUCUGGUGGUAAAUUUGUCUGUACCGAUUGAAUUGGGAUGCCAAUAACCCGCCAUUUCAGGUUGCUGUACAGUGAGAAACUAAAUGAUCAGUAGGAUGUGGAUUAUGAUUUAUCUGCUUGUUCUGGUUUCUGUAUUGCAUGAGAAAUCCCUAAUCAUGUGGAUCAAGCACUGUCCAGGUACUAGGAACUGGCUAGGAUUCACAAGUAUGUUAUACCUCAACAAAAGCCAUGGACCUAAUAGGGAAUUCAGGAGGUUAUAUAUCAAUGUGAAUUUCAAAUUUAGCUGCUGAAAGAAAUGCUUGCAAUUUCAAAAUAUAUUUUGUAAUUUUUUUGGGUUGCUAGGAUAAGCCAAUAUGGCUGUCCAUAAUCAUUGCAAGUAGGCCAGAAGAGAGGGCUGUUUGGGGUCGCAACUUUGGAUUUUGUCAUCAGGUUAUUCGGUUGAUUUGUUGUCUGUU